UCCGCCAUCGUUACUUUACGUGUAAUCACGAUUACUAAUUCGGAUUACGGUACUUUUAUCAUCUUUCAGGACGGCGGUUUCAGUAGAAAUAGCGUCCGAGAUGGAAGUCGAAGCGCAGGAGAGCUUCGGUGAGAGCAAAUCGGCCAUGCACACUUGGCGUUAUCGCCACCAUUUCACGUACAAGGCAGAUCAAGGAAAAAAUAUCAUCGUCCAGUGUAAUCUAUGUCUGCCGAGGGUAAACCUGCUGUCCACGUCGAAAACAUCCACAUCAAACCUAAAGAAGCAUUUAGACAGAACACACCUGGGCUGUGAGGCCCGGCCUGAUGCCAAGAGAGGGCGAAAGAAAGAGGAGCAGAAUGGAGAAGAAAGCAGACACCUGCAGCUCAAAAAACUCAAACAGGAAAUCAUCUCCAAAUGCAUGACCCAAGCAAAGACAGAUGAUUUGAUUUUUAACUUCAUCGUGGAGGACUGUCAGUCGUUUUACUUGCUGGAGCAGCCGGGCUUCAAGAAGCUGAUCGCAGGUUUAACUGAGGGGCUGACUUGCAUGAGUAGGGUGACUUUGUUCAGAAUGGUGGACCAGAACUUCUCCAGGAUGCGAGAGGAGCUGAUGGUCAAACUCAGCAACAUCCAGUACGUUUGCACCACGGCUGACGUCUGGACAGCCAACAACAGCAGCUUCUUUGGGAUGACUUGUCACUGGAUCGAUCCGGCGUCUCUGGAGAGGAAAUCUGCAGCUCUGGGGUUUUCACGGCUGCAGGGAAGAGUCUCCCAUGACAGCAUCGCUGGGCGGAUACAUGACAUACAUGUAGCGUAUAAUAUCGAAAGCAAAGUUCAGACCACAGUCACUGAUAACGGCAGCCCCUUUAUGAGCGUGUUCAGGGAGUUUGCAGUGGACAUCCAGGAAAAUGACGACGACAUUGGCUUCUAUGAGAACGUCAGCGGUAUCCUGGAGGGCGAGCCGGAGCAGGACUUGCUGCUGUUUCUGCCCACAGUCCAGCGCUGUGCUUCACACACCCUGGAGCAGAUUGUGACUGAGGACUUCUGGCAGGCGGUGUCACAGGGGCCAAUGUGUCAGCUGCAUUACAGUGCCAUGGCCAAGGUGUACGCCAUAUGGAGCAAAUGUCACCAUCUCCAGGUGGGCAUGGAUGUAGCAGAGGAGAUAGGAAAGAUGGCUCUUGUUGUUCCAGCUGUCAUGCGCUGGAAUGUGGAGUACAAUGCCAUGCAAAAGAUCAUCUCUCUCAGUGAGAGAGAGCUGACGGAGCUGUGCGCCCGCCUGGAGGUCCCACGCUUACAGCCGGAGGAGGCGGCCUUCCUGAAGGAGUAUGUGACUGUCUUCCAUCCGCUUGCUUUUGCACUUGAACUUUUCCAAGCAGAGCAGAAGUGUUACCUCGGUUUGGUCAUCCCGACCAUUCUCAGUCUGAAGAAUAAGUUAAACGAGCAGAAAGAUGCAGCAGAUUACUUCACUGAUGUCAUCAACGCCAUUGUUAUGGCUAUUGAUGUGCGGUUUCAGGACCUGUUUGCCAGCACGGAGGCAAAGAUUGCGACAGCAACAACACCUCAGUUUCGCUUGUGGUGGAUGGCUGCGUCAGAGAGGGAUGAGAUGUGCACCCUGCUGGCUACAGAAGCCUCCCAGAUGGAUCCCUCCAUCAUAACUGUGGCAAACACCAGCAGGAACUCAUCAACCAUCCAAUCAGAGGAUGACUUCUUCAGCUAUGGGCCUGUGAAGCCUUCCAUUCAGAUCCAGCAGCGGGGCGUGAUGGAGGAGGUUCAGAAGUACAUUGAAGGAAAAGGGAAGAGUCUUGAGUGCCUUCAGGACUUCCCAAGAGUGAAGCAGCUUUUCUUCAAAUAUAACACCACCCUCCCCUCCAGCGCCCCCGUGCAGCGUCUCUUCAGUCAGAAAGGAAAUCUGGUCACCUCGCAAAGAAACUUUCUGACUGACGACUACUUCGAACGCAUUCAGCUUUUAAGAUACAACAACAGCCUGUGCACUUUGGCCACUCAGUAAAAAGUCUAUGACUGUAUCUCUCUGUCUGAUGCAGAAUCAAACCACAUUGUCCUAAAAUCACAACAGAAAACCCUGAGGAAUAUAUGAUUUCAGACAUUUAAGUUCACUUGUGUCUUGUCUUUUUUUACAAUGCUCCCUAUCUGUUCUGAGAGAAAACACAUGAGGGCUGGACUGUGUGGACCAAAAAUCAUAUCUGGAUCAUUUCAGGCUUAAAUGCCAAUACUUGAUUUUUUUUCCGUAGAGAAAUAAUUAAAGGCUGUCACAAUACCAGAAUUGUUCAUUUUGAUUUGACUCUACUAUAUUUGUUUGAUACCACAGGAGCAAAAAUACGUGUCUUGGACACCCAACAUUGGGCAACUUUUUGUUUCAACUCAUCUAGAACAACUGUCUGGUGGUUUUAUGCCUCUGCAAUGGAUAUACAGUUGGCAGACAGUGAAAGUAUAGUGGUGGGUGAAGAAGAGAGGUUGUAGUUGUCACUGUGGAAGUGCAAAACCUAGAGGUCCUUAAGCAACGGAUGAAGAUGAGGUCCAUUGACCAUAAACUUUACCUUCAAAAUCUUCAUCAUUGCAUUCUUGGGUCAGAGUCAACAUUUGUGCAACGUUUGAGGAAAAUUCCUUCAAAUGUUUUGGGGUUAUUGCAUUCAUAAGAAAAAAUAAUGCCUCCAGUCUUGGAUAUCCCCAGCACAGAGGCAUACAAAUUCUAGACAAACUUCUGCAUGUUGCCAAAACUGUAGGACUUGUAGAGAAACAGUUGUCUAAAUGUUUUUGUUUACAAUUAAAACACCAUACAUUUAAGAGUAUAGUUCCCUGUUCAGUGGAUUGUUUCUGUGUAGAUGUGGCCUAAAUUGAACAAAUAUGUUGGCAACAUUUGCAAAGUGGGUGCACCCUAGCAAGCUUCACCGUGUUACACUCAGCCACUCUGAAAUACCAUGUGUUUCAAAGUGAUAAAGUCAUUAUUUCAGUGAACACUGGUACUAAAAAGAUCAUAAACUAAAUGAUCUUUGGUUGUAUUUUAGAGCAAGAGAGAGUGAGCUCUAUCUAUGGCAACAUGGACAUUUCAACAGUUCCAUUCAAAAGCAACUUUUUGUUGCAUUUUGACUGUUUGCUUACACAUCAUCUGUGUGUUUGGUGCCUGAACAAAGUGGAAUUUUUGUUUCCAGGUCAGUGGAAGUAAGGUGUCCACUUCCUCCUAAAAGUCUUUUUGCACAUGCACAUUAUGGUUUUAGUGCAGGCAGGCUUAUUGCACAUGUGCAAUAUGGUUCCAAGCAGGAAGGCUUUUUCCAUAUGCUCAUUGAGAUUCCAGUGCAGGCAGCCAUCUGCAGAUGCACAUUAUGGUUUCAGUGCUGGUAGGCUUUUUGCACAUGUGAAAUGGUUCCAGUGCUGGAAGGCGUUUUGCACAUUUGCUUCAUGAUUCCAUUGCAAGUAGGCUUAUUGCACAUGUGCUAUAUAGUCCCAAGCAGGAAGACUUUUUGCAUAUGCUCAUCAAGAUUCCAGUGUAGGCAGGCUUCUGUAGAUGCACAUUAUGCUUUCAGUCCAGGCAUACUUGUUUCACAUGUGCAUUAUUGUUCCAAUGCAGGCAGGCUUUUUGCACAUGUGAAAUUUGGUCCAAGUGUAAAGAAGCUUUUUGCAGAUGUGCAUUAUGGUUCCAGUGCAAGCAGGCUUAUUGCACAUGUGCCUUAUAGGUUUCUGUGCUGGUAGGCUCCUUGCACAUGUGCAAUAUAGUUCCAGUGCUGGCAGGCUUUUUGCACAUGGUCAUUAUGAUUCUGGUCAACAGUCAAGUGCAAGUAGGUAGAGUUCUAUGCACACUAACAUUUGUGUGUUAGCUGUUUUGUCUGCUUACAACUUACCACUCUGAAGAAGCUUAUGUGUGAAGUGUCAUUGAAAAGUUACAUCCCUGACUUAUUACCUGACAUCUAUGCCUCAUUUAAAAAAAAAAAUUAUGGGGCUUUUGCCUUUGUUUUGAUAGGAUCUUUGAAGAGAGACAGGUUAACAUGUGGAGAGGGAAUCGGGAAAGACAUGCACAAAAUUGCAUCAGGAUCAGGAGCUGAUCCAGCAACCAAUAUGUCAAUAUCUCUGUAAAUGGAUGACUGCUUUACCUAGUGAGCUAAACUGAUGCCCAGCUGCUUCUAUAAAAUCUAUGUGCAUAGCAAUUGCUAUGAAAAAAAUGUAGUGUGAAGACUGAGCUUCACUGAAAGUGAAAAUGAGAAAUGAUUCAGCGUUCUGUGGAUUGUUUCUGUGUAAAUGAGGUCAAAAUGCACAAGUGUGUUGGCAAAAAUUGGAGAAGUGGGUGCAACCUUGCCAGUUCCACCAUCUGACCCCAACACUCUUCAAUACAAUGUGUUUCUAAAUGAUAUAAUCAUCUUGUUAAUAAUGUGUUGUUUUAAAAUACAAAAACUUACACAAAUACAUUAGCAACAUUUUUAAAAGUGGGUAGAACUGUGGAGGAACCUUCACUUUAUGUCAGUUCCUCACUUGUCUAUAUGUUAGCAACAUAUUUGUACAGUUUUAGGCAGUGUGAAAGAGUUUACUGCAAUUUUUGACAAUUAAAAACAGUAAAUUUCCUAAUACUGGGUGUCAAAGAGUCAUGUUUUUGUUGCUGUGGUAUCAAAAAGGCAUACAUUAAAAUUAAUUUAAACUUGUGAUAUAAAUGCUUCUAAAUCAAAUAAAAUAAUGACUGAUGUCAAACAGAUUGACCUUUUGGCCUUGUAUCCGUUUUCUUUGCCAAUACCAACAUUAACUAUAUAUAGAAAAAGUCUAAAACUCUGAAGAAAUAUCAAUAUACCAGCCAACCCUAACUUAUGCUCACUGCUGAAAGGCCAAUCAAAAAAGACUGACAAUCAUGCACAAUGGCAUUCAAGGACUGAACUGAGUAAUCACCCAUCUAUCUGUGCUGAUGUGAUUUAAAGUAGCUACAGGGUUAACUUGAGUGAUUGGUUUCUGUUAAGCUUGUUUGU